AUGGCGAGUGCCAGUGCAAGUGCUAGCAGUGAAACGGGCGACGACCUAUUGGUGUACGAUGGGAACUCCGAGUCGGAGGAGUCGGAAUAUUCGGAGCAGGAGGACACCCAAGAUGGCGACAAGGAGUCGACCGGGAAUGGUGCACUCACCCUAAACAGUAACACCGACUCGGGAUGUCCGCUGGAAUCUUCGCUGCAGGAUUCCAAGUCGGCGGGACAAAGAGGUGGUCAGAAUAAAAGUGCGAAUAGCAUUGGGGCGGUGCAUCCGAAUUACGGAUUUGGCAAGCGGUGGUCGAAAUCGGAGGACGUGCUGCUCAAGUCGCUAGUGGAGAAGCAUGGCGAGAACUGGGAGAUCAUUGGGCCGCACUUCAAGGACCGACUGGAGCAGCAGGUGCAGCAGCGUUGGGCCAAAGUCCUCAAUCCGGAGCUGAUCAAGGGACCGUGGACGCGGGACGAGGACGACAAGGUGAUCGAACUGGUGCGGAGUUUCGGGCCAAAGAAGUGGACCCUGAUAGCCCGCUACCUGAAUGGGCGCAUUGGGAAGCAGUGCCGCGAGCGGUGGCACAACCACCUCAAUCCGAACAUCAAGAAGACAGCCUGGACCGAGGAGGAGGACAAGAUCAUCUACAAGGCUCACAUUCGGCUGGGCAACCAGUGGGCGAAGAUCGCUAAACUCUUGCCCGGACGCACUGACAAUGCCAUCAAAAACCAUUGGAACUCGACGAUGCGCCGCAAGUAUGAUGCCGAACGCAGGUCGGUUAAUGCAUCUGGCGGUGACUUGAAGAGCUCGCGAACUCAUCUCAUCACAUUGAUCAAGUCCGGUGGCAUCAGCAAGGGACAAUUUAGUUUGCAACAGAAGAUUGGAUCUGCUGACUCGGCGGCCGAAUCCAAUCCAGUUGUUAAACCCGAACAAACUGAUGGCAUGUCUCAAAGUAAAGUGAAAGCCGAGCUAACCGAGUCACAAGAUUCUAAUGCAGGUGAACAUCAAAUGGGUUCCUCCCUAGCCCACAACAUGCCGCAUUCAGUUAUGAAAAUGUCGCUGCCGCGCCAGACACCAAACAUAUUGAAGCGUACUCGCAAGCACAUUCCCGAAACCCACCUUCAGGCUGGCCCAUCGAAUGGGGUUUCCCAGGACGAUGUGAAGACCAACAGGCUACCGGGCUCGCCGGUCAUUACGCCAAUCAAAUCGCUACCAUUCUCACCAAGCCAUUUCCUCAAGUCGCCAUGCCUGACCACAUUUGAGGACAUGAAUUUGCCAGCCAGUACUCCGGUGGCCAAGGUCUACAAUCGUGUGGGCAUGGAGAUCAAGAAGGAAAUGGAAAGUUCGUCCAUCGAAACGCCACAUAAGAGUCAACUUGGACCGCGUACGCCAACGCCCUUCAAGAAGGCCCUCGCUGCCAUUGGCAAGAAAAGGGCAGGUCGCCAAUAUGAACCGUCCAGUCCGUCUAGCCUGGUUGAGGAUCUGGCUGAGAUCAUCAACGAGGAACAUCUGAGCAAUUCGCUAACCACAAACAAUUCAAAUGUUAUGGGUGGUGGUGAUUCGUUCAACGCUGAAAACAAUACAAACGGUGUGGGUCAGCAGCAGUCGCCGCAUUUGAAACGUGCCAGAAAGUCACUACUUUCGACUUGGAGCUCCAAUCAUCUUUCCAAUGGGGCCACCGCUAAGAAGAUUCAACCUUUCGAAACCGAGACGCCCAGCAAGUUUCUCACUUCGCCAAGCAAUAUUCUAAAGGACACGCUGUGCAGCGAACAGGAUCUUCCGUUCGACGAGGGCCGAAAGGAGAAUAGACCAUUCCAUAAUCGCAGAAACUACAAGUUCCGUGGUGUUUUGUCCUACGAUCAUGUCAUUGAUCCCAAAUGGGCACGUGUGGCUUGCGGCAAAACCAAAGAUCAACUAUUUAUGGAGGAGCAGGCAUAUGCUUGUCUUAAAAAUCUUUCCUGUGUACCGCGUUCCCUAAACUUUGAGAAACAAAAGUGUAUGGUGAACUCAUUUGACCGUUAUGGGUCGCUAUAAAAUUAAAUUCUUGUUGCUAUAUGAGGUAUUAACACAUUGAAUAAGUUUCAUUUCUUAAAUCAUGUAGAUAUGGUUCCUUAAAUUUCUACCGAAUUUUGAUUAUAUUUUCGAUUCAUGAGCAACGCAUUUCAAAAUAAGAGUAUAAAUACUAAUUUGAUGGUAUUAUUGGCACGCACUUUGAAUUUUAUCCCAUUUUUUUCGUAUAUUUAAUAAAUAAACAAUAUUAAAGUAAUAAAA